UUUGAAAUCCCACUGCUUCUGGAGGUUUCUGCUAAAUUCAACAGACAAACAGCAUCAGACACUGAUUUGUUAAAGGGUUUGUUAAAGAGGAGAGGCACAUUUCUUAACCAUGAUGAAUAAUGUUUCAACGAUUUCAGUGUUUUUUCUUUCAGGUUUAAAUGAGACAAGGAACUACAGGUCACCUCUUUUCUUUCUCACUUUGACGUGUUACAUUGUAAUAGUCCUGGCAAAUGUCUGUGUUGUUUUGACAAUAAUCCUGAAUAAUGAACUCCAUGAACCAAUGUAUAUUCUGCUGUGUGCUUUUUGCCUGAAUUCCCUUUAUGGAACAGUCGGUUUCUAUCCCAAAUUUCUGUGGGAUCUGCUCUCUCCUGUUCAUGUCAUCUCUUACUCAGGCUGCCUUCUUCAGGCGCAGGUGUUGUACUCCUUUGCCUGCAGUGAUCUGUCCAUCCUUACCCUCAUGGCAUAUGAUCGGUAUCUGGCUAUAUGUCAACCACUGAAGUACCACUCUCUCAUGUCAAAGCAGAGAGUCAUCACUUUAGUGUGUUUUGCCUGGUUAACGCCUUUCUGCAUCAUAGCUGUAAACAUCAUUCUUGCAUCUCGGUUGAAGCUCUGCAGCCCGUAUUUAAACAGACUUAUCUGUUUAAACUGGAGCAUUGUUAUGCUUGCUUGUUUUCCAGCUGAAACUACUGCUAACAGCAUAGUUGGAAAUUUAUCAAUUAUAAUAUAUGUUCUCCAUGCUGUUGUUAUUGGCUGGUCCUACCUGUUUCUCAUCAAGACAUGUGCUGGUUCUAUAGAAAAUCGGAAAAAGUUCAUGCAAACCUGUGUGCCACAUUUGAUCUCCUUGCUCACUUUUUCAGCAGCUCUACUUUUUGAUGUUAUAUAUAUUCGAUUUGAGUCCAAGAAUUUACCACAGACUCUUAAACACUUUGUGUCAAUAGAGUUUCUCAUCGUACCUCCUAUAAUGAAUCCGCUCAUUUAUGGUUUCAAGUUGACCAAAAUAAGAAAUAAAAUUGUAGCAAGUAUGAAAAUGAAAUGACCCUCCUGUAGUCUUAGACUUUUGUUAAAUUCAAUUUCUUUUCUUUUUUUUAUAAAGUAAUUUCCUCAUAGAUUUUUUUUUAUUAACUCGGUUCAGUAAUGUGUAUUAUUUAGUGCUUGUCAAUAAAAGGUCCUACCAUGUUUCUCUUUUACUCAUUACUGUAAAUGCUUGAGUCCAUUGUUUUGUACUGUAUUGUAUUUAGAUGUAAAAUUAUAUACAUUCAAGAUCAUUUGUCUUCCUGGUUAAGGACUGAUGGUAGAAAUGUUAAGUUUCAGUGGACUAUAUAGCUGGAGAUUUAUUGGAGUUUUAGUUUGGCUUGAAAUUUAUUUUAAAAUAUUUUUAUUUAUUAUAUUCAAUAGGUCUUGCU